CUGCCACCUUCCUCCAACCUGUGCUUCCCUCCUUUCUGCACUAACAAGAACGGGCUCUUUCCUCCUGUCUACAGGGAUUUGCCAACGGACUGUGUCAACAUGGAAUAGACAAUCAAAACAAAGGACUUUUCUAUGUUGAACACCUCGUAUGCGUACUGAGGCAGGCAGAGCAGACGCUCUGCUUCGUUUGUGGCAAGCGGGGGGCCAGCAUCACCUGCGCAGAGAUGGGCUGUGACCGCAGCUUCCAUUUUCCCUGUGCCGCGGAGGGUCAGUGCGUCACCCAGUUUUUUGGCCAGCACAGGUGCUUCUGCUUGGAGCACCUCCCGCAGCAGCCACUGGAGACAGCGCCAACACAGGACACGACCUGCAUCAUCUGCAUGGAGCCCGUGGGACUCAGCAGGUCGUACUGCACCAUGGUGUGCCCAGCCUGCCAACACGCCUGGUUCCACCGGGCCUGCAUCCAGGGCAUGGCCAAGAGUGCUGGGCUUUGCUGCUUCCAGUGCCCUCUGUGUAGAGACAGAGAGGUCUUUAUUCAAGAAAUGGUCAAUUUGGGGAUCCACAUCCCAGCCAGGUUAGUGUCCUUCAGCCAGCUCUCGAGACAUGAGGGCACAAGAGCACAAGUGCCUGCCCAAGGACUGUCCCGGCAGGCCUGGCCCUUUGCUGCCUGGGAGCAGCGGCCUCAGCUUCACACAUAUGGUGGAACGGCAGUCAGGCUGGAAGAGCAGGGAUGGCUUUGGUCAGUCUUAGUCUCGAGGCACUGGGAGCUCAUCACAUUCCCUUCUCUGGCAGAAAACCAACAUGGGAGGACAACUAUGCGUAUGCAUCCCUGGGAGUCAGGCACAGGAGCU